UAAAAGACUAGAGAUAGAUUAACCUUUUAACUGGUGAGCUGCUUUUGCAUGGACUUUUGCCUGCUAUACUCUCUACACUAAUAGUACAGCCAUGCAAAGAGGUUUGACUUAAGUUCAAGAAAGAAAAAUAAACAUUGUUAAUAACGUAACAUCCCUUAUAAUGUUCUCUAGAUGAUCGCCCAUGGACCUACUGUUGAAAGUAUCUUUUUUCCAUUCACAUUAAUAUCAUAAUUGAGUUAACUUACUUAUUAAUCCUCUUUUCUACACAAGAAAAAACCCAGCAACUUCCAAUCUCAGCUCUUCAAUGCCGAGUCUAUCAAUCCCACGUUCAAAAUCUGUUCCCUGCAACAUAUCAGAAACUCAAAAUUGUCCUACAAACUCAUUUACAAUACCUCCUUCAGUCAGAUCCUCCAAAUCAGCUGACUCAUUAAAACCAACAUGGCCUAAAAAUGCAAAUGAGCUUAUAUCAAGAAAGGGUGGCUCAUCUUCAAAGAACUCAAAUUUAACAGCUGGUAAUCUCGCGGAAUUCAAUAAAAGAAAUGCAAUUCAAGAAGAAAAGAGAUACUCAGCAAGAAGUCCAUAUUAUAAAGGACUUACUGAUUCGUCCAAAGUGAUUAAUCGACAGAAGUUAUUAGCAGAGUUUAGUAGUAGUCCUGGAAAAGAUAGCAUAUCAGCUUCUUCUACAAGUUCAAGUUCUAAAUCCAAUUUAGCUAGCAAGGUACAAGAAUGGAGUGCAUCUUACUUUGUACGCAAAGGCAAAGAAGAAAGAACAUCCUUCUCCUUGAAUACUUCUAUUGGGAACAAGAACAUCCAAGAUUCAUCUUCAUCAGAGACAAAAGAUAAAGGAGUAAUCAGAACGACAAUCGGAGAAGAACUUGGUAUAGAUCGGAAAGGAGUUAGAAAAUGUUCAAGAAAAAGCAGACAGAGACUUUCAAAAUCAGAUAAGGGGAAGCCUUUGAGGGAGAGAGCAUCAGAAAUGCAAACAAAUAUAGUAGUACUACCACCAGCCCCUGCACCACCAAUAACAUCACCACCAAAAUUGUCAAUACCAUCUCCACCGCCAACUCCAUUAAUAUUGCAAACAUCAUUGCAAGAUGAAGAAAUUGAAGCAGUACCAUUACCAGCUUCACCAACUCAAACUACAGAGGAUGAAAAAGAUACUACAAAAGAGAAGGAUAUUACAAGUCCAGAACAGAAAGACAAAAGAUUUAAAUGGGCUGAUAAGUAUAGGCCUAAUGCUCUUAAAGAUUUUCUAUGCAAUAGAAAUACUGCACUUGAACUGAAGGCUCUGGCAGAAACAGAUGGCAGUAAUCGUCAUUAUAUAUUUGCAGGACAGCCAGGAGUAGGGAAAAGAACCAUGAUAUUUGCUUUGCUUCGCGAAGUUUUUGGACAUGAUAAAAUACAGGCAAGAGAAAAGUGCAAGGUGUUCUACUUAAAGGGAGAAGCAGUGCCGAGCAUCCAAGUAAAUGUGAAGGAAUCAAAGAAACAUGUUGAGAUCAAUCUCUCUGAAACUAAAGGCUACGAGAAACAUGUCAUCGUAGAACUAAUCAAUGAGAGAAAGCACAAAGCAUCCAUCAGAUCAGCACCUUGCCAUCAUGAUGACUGUAAAGCUAUCAUUCUUGGUGAAGCUGACAAGCUAUCAACAGAUGUUUUGCUAUAUACCAAAUGGAUGUUAGAAAGAUAUACAGGUUGUUAUAAGGUCUUCUUUUGCUGCAGUGAUAUCACCAAGCUCCAGCCAAUUAAGUCUAUUUGUAAGGUUGUUCAUCUCCAAAAACCUUCAGAUGACGAGAUUGUAGACGUCUUGGAAUUCAUAGCAAAAAAGGAAGAAAUAGAACUACCACAUAAACUGGCAGCACAGAUUGCUAGUAACUCCAAAAGUAACCUACGUCAAGCAAUUCGCUCUUUUGAAGCUACUUGGCACUUCAACACUUGCUUGACUGAGAAUCAAGAAAUCAAGACAGGGUGGGAAGAUGACAUUGCAAAGAUUGCUAAAAACAUAAUUGAGGAGCAAAGCCCGAAGCAGCUAUAUGAUAUCCGUGGGAAGCUGCAAAAUUUGAUAGAGCACAACGUGUCUGCUGAGUUCAUCUUUAAUACUUUGGUAGAAGAACUAAAGAGUAAUUUGGAUGACCAAUUCCACAAGGAAAUUGACAAUCUGAAAAUGAAGUACAAUAUAAAUUCAAAGGAUCUGGAACAAGGAAAAAGUGAUAAUGAUGCAGUGAAAAAGAUUGUUCUCCAAUUUAUGAAGGUUGAAGAGUUCAUAGCUAAAUUCAUGAGCUGGUAUAAGACUUCAGUUCUGAAGAAAGGAAAUCACAACCCCUCACAAGCCUAUCCCUCCAAGGGGAAUAAUUAGUUUGGAAACAAUUCCAUUUGAGUGAUAAAGAAUUUCCCAAUCACUUUCUAUUACAAACUUGGUUAAUAACUCGGUAUUUCAGUUGUAAAAUAAAGUGGCAAUCACACUGAAGUCCGAAGCAGACAUUUUAUGUUCUUAAGGUAUAAAAUUACGUAAGAUAAAUAAAAAAGGCGCUCAAUAAGUGUAUGUUUUCAUUGUUCUGGAAGGGUAGUUGUAUGAGUUAUUCUCCAUCCAUUCUAUAUUAUUUGACACUAUUUUCUUAUUA